UGACGGCACAAAACGAUUCAUUGCCGGUCGACCACGUGCAUUUAUAGCCGGCCUAACAAUCGCAAGUUAUAAGUAUAAGUAUAUUACAAAGAUAUUCUCUGUGUUUGUACGAUCACACGCUCCGCGGUCGCUACUGAACAUGCCGUCAACGCCGCCUGAUAAUGAAUAGCGGGUGAAACAGACAGGAUGUCGUCCACCAACAUCAACACGGAUCUGUACCAGGCCUGCUGCUCGGGGAGGUUGGAUGCAGUUACUCGCAUCCUACAGGAAGAUCGAGUGGACAUCAACACCAGGGGGGCACACGGCUGGACACCGGUGAUGGCAGCUGCACAUGGGGAGCAUGUUGGGGUGUUUAAACUACUCCACAGGAAGCAAGCUGACAUGUCACUCUUGGAUGAAGAUGGUGACACCAUUUUGCAUGUUGCCUGCUCCAGAAAUCGUCUGAAAAUAGUGAAGUUGAUUCUCUCAGAUGGAAGGAUUGACAUCAACGUGAGAGGCAAACACGGAUGGACGCCGGUGAUGGUGGCCGCUCGACAUGGGUGUCGACAUGUGUAUCUGGAACUUAUAAACAACAUCAACUGCGAUGUGAGACAUGUUGGGGAUGAUGGUGAUAACCUUCUGCACUUGGCUUGUCUUAAAGGCCAUUUGUUCAUUGUUGAACAUCUGCUUUCACGUAAAAUAUUUAACAUCAACUGUAGAGGGAAGUUAGGCAGAACCCCAAUAAUGAAGGCAGCAUGGGCUGGUUCUCGACGAAUUUUCGAUUUGAUCAUAGAGAAAGGAGGCAGCACGUCGCUGUUAGAUGACAAGGGAUUGAACAUCCUUCACGUGGCUUGUGCUGGAGGGAAGGUGCACAUUGUGAAGUACAUCCUCUCAAAGCGCCUUGUGGGAAUCAACAGUAGGAGGCAAGAUGGAAGAACACCAUUGAUGGUAGCAGCGGAGUGUGGACACAAAGACGUGUACAACCUACUCUUAAAAGAAGGAGGAGACAGGUCGAUGAAAGACACCGAGGGCAACAACAUCCUCCAUGUGGCGUGCAGGGGAGGCUACAGGAGCAUGGUGCAGCACAUCUGUGACAGGAACUUACCAGGGCGACAGCAGCAACAGAUCCACGGCACAGACACGAAGGGGAGGACACCCCUGAUGGCGGCAGCAGAAACAGGACACAAGGAAGCCUUUGAGAUAGUGAGGCGUAAAGGAGGGGACAUCACCAUCAGAGACAGCUUGGGGAACAAGCUCAUUUAUGUUGCUUGUCUUGGAGGGGAUUUACCAAUGAUAAUGCAUAUCGCCUCACUGGAUUUCACGGAUGGCCUGAAUGAUGGGAGGAUGUUGAUCCUUGCGGCAGAGAGUGGCCGUAAGGAUGUUUUCGAUUUUCUUUUGGGUGAAGGAUGUGAUUUGUCACUUGAUAAUGAGGAAGAAGAUACGGUGUUCCAUGCUGCCUGUCGUGGGGGUCAUGUGGAUAUGGUAGAAUAUGUACUCUCCCGGUUCACCUUUGACAUCAACAAAAGGGGAAAAUACAAAGGGCGAACUGCAUUGAUGAUGGCAGUUGAGAAAGGCAAUAUGAAAGUGUUUGAUCUCCUUUUGACAAAACAAUGUGAUGUGUUUGUCGUUGAUGAGGAUAAUGAUAAUAUCCUCCAUGUGGCAUGCAUGGGAGGACACGCAGAGAUGGUGAAGUAUAUUGUCUCUAAAGGGUAUUUUGAUAUCAACUGUAAGGGUAAACAUGGACGGACGCCCAUGAUGUUUGCAGCAGAAUUUGGCAACAUUGACGUCUUCUAUUUCACAGUUUGUAAAGGGGGUGAUGUUUCAGAAGUAGAUGCUGAUGGAAUGAACAUCCUUCACUUGGCCUGCUUAGGAAACAAUGUGAUCAUGGUGACUGAACUCCUGACACUAGAACUUGUUGACAUUGACACGAAAGACUGCCGGGGGCAGACGCCAGCGAUGUUGGCAGCACGUCAGGGCAACAGAGACGUUCUGGAACUUCUCAUUAGGGAACAUGCAAAUCUCCUACAUGUAGACAACCAUGGUGACAAUAUGCUCCAACUGGCCUGCAUUCGCGAUAAUAUGAGCAUUGCAAACUAUCUACUCUUAAAACACUUUUUCGACAUCAACAGUGCAGGGCGAGACGGAAGGACGCCGGUGAUGGUGGCAGCAAACCGCGGAUGUAAACCUUUAUUUGACUUACUUGUGAAAGAAGGGGCCAUUUUGACACUUGUGGAUGUUUACAAUAACAACAUCCUGCAUCUAGCAUCUAGUGGAGGAAAUGAGGACAUUGUGGAGAGGGUCCUGAUGGGUACAUCUAUUGACAUCAACAGCAGGGGCAGGUACGGGAAGACUGCAGCGAUGAUAGCAUCAGAGGGUGGACAUAUAGACGUAUUAGAUUUCCUUCUACAGAAGGGUUGUGAUUCGUCUGUGGUUGAUGAUGACGACAACAACAUCCUUCACGUCGCCUGUGCUGGAGGAGAUGAAGAAUGCAAUGUGCAGAUGGUGCAGUACAUCCUCCCACUGCCUGGAAUAGACAUCAAGGAUGUCAACAAGAGUGGUGCUACAGCAGCAGACAUCGCACAAACAAAGAAACAUGAACGUAUACUGUCGUUGUUUUAAGGGACGAACACGCUGUGCUUGCACCAUUAUUCCACCUGCUUUACAGUUAAUGGUAGUGGUCGCACAGUCGUCUGAGGUGCUGCUAUUUCCCUGUGCCGCGUUGUGUCCCUCAGACUUGUCAGAUUUGCCCUUGGUUUUAUAGCAACCAAGCCUGGUCGUUUCAUCCAGGUGGUCAACGUCUCUCGUGUGUUAUUUCGGCUUCCAUUUACACUGACACACGCUGAUAUGACAGAAACUCUGUUCAAAGCGACACUCACCCACUCACUCACUUUGGUACAUGUAGCAGCACUGGGGUGUCCUGUAACGCAGAAAUAAUUUUACUUAUAACUAAACUCAAUAACUCUCAUUUAAUUUAAACCAGAUGUAAAGAUGUAUCUGUUUCUUAAAUAUUCCUUAAUGGAGGGGGAGGCAUUAUGCCACCGUACGAUACACACCACACCUUAAUAUGUCUAAAUGUCCACUAUAUCACAUGUCUGCAUGUGCUAAUUGUAAUUUAGUUUAUAAAUGUGUUUUGUGAAAUAUGUUUGGUGUAUGUCUGUAACAAUGCCUGAUCAGAGAACGUAUUGGACAUGUGUGACACAGAUGUCAUAUCAGCUGGUUAUCUCCAGCAAGGAUGCGUUCUGUUCUCUUUCAUUCAGGCCUAUCAUCCCCUGCUCAUGAUGUAUAGUCUCGUAUAGUGAUGAUAGUUGAUAUAUGUGUUAUAGUUUGGAUCUAAGGUAUCUAUACCAAACCGCGAACCUUCUCGUUGGUGUUUGUCAAAUGCACGUAUUACUGUUUAGUUGAAAUACUGCAAUGUCA